AGGGUUAACAUCCGGGUUACACCGGAAGUACUAUGUUCACACACACCCCUGCCAUUCAGUAGCAAAACAACUCUACAUGCUGCUAACCAGCUAUAGUUCACAACAUGCAGAUAAUAUUCUGUUAUUUAUCUAAUCUGACAACCUAAACCCACGUCGGAAAUAAUUUGUCCAGUCAACCUUUAGUCUACUAUUUGUUUAAGCUGAAAGCGAAUGAGAGGAAAUGGGGAGAGCUAAUGUUAGCUGGAUAUGCUAGCUAGCUACUGUUAGCCGUGAUGGCAGCACCAACUCCUCUGGUUUCUGCUCCUGUGAUAAGUCAAAAGCAGCGCAAGGCUGUCCUGAGGAAAGAGAGAAGAAAGCGUAAACGCCAAGCUCUCGCCCAAGCCAAAGAAUGUGGUUUAAAAAACGGGUCUGAAGAAGAAAUAAAUGAUGAAGACGAUGAGGACAAUGUUGCAGCAGAGGAAGAAAGACUGCGGCUUCAUGAAGAGUGGUUGGAAAGAGAAAGACUUGCCCAGGAGGUGUUCAGGCUGAGGGCUGAGAAGGAGGAGGCUGCAAGGAAUAGAAAAGAGGAGGAGGAGCGGAUGAUAAAGGAGGAAUGGGAGACCCAGCAGAGGAAAGAGCAAGAAGUAAAGGAGCAGAGGCAGCAGGACAAGCGAAACAGAGAGGAGGCCGUUCAGAAAAUGUUGGAUGAAGCUGAAAAUCAGCUAGAGAAUGGAGAACAGUGGAUGAAUCCUGAAGCUCCUGUGACAAAGAAUACAGAGAACUUUGGGACAGAGAGGGAUGUAGCCAACUGUCCUUUCUUCCUGAAGACCGGGUCAUGUCGAUUUGGAGACAGAUGUUCUCGGAAGCACGUUUAUCCCACAGCCAGCCCGACUCUGAUGAUCCGUAGCAUGUUCAUAACGUUCGGCAUGGAGCAGUUACGCCGUGAUGAUUACGACGUUGAUGCUUCUUUGGAACACAGCGAGGAGGACUUGCAGGAGUCUUUCCUCGAGUUCUACCACGACGUCCUGCCAGAGUUCAAGAGUGUCGGCAAAGUGGUACAAUUCAAGGUCAGCUGCAAUCAUGAACCACACCUAAGAGGAAACGUUUACAUUCAGUUUGACACAGAGGAGCAGUGUAAAGAGGCAUUCAUCAAGUUCAAUGGGCGGUGGUACGCAGGCCGGCAGCUUCACUGUGAGAUAUGUCCUGUCACACGGUGGAAAAAUGCUAUAUGUGGUUUGUUUGACAGACAGAAGUGUCCCAAAGGGAAGCACUGUAACUUCCUGCAUGUAUUUCGAAACCCUGGCAAUGAAUUCUGGGAGGCCGACAGGGACCUGCACAUGUCACCAGGCCGCAGCGUCCGAGGGAGUCGCAGAGACGGGUGGCAUUCAGAGCGAUAUGGAGACCGAUCGUGGAGGCAACGUCAGUCCAGCAGAAGCCCGCCGAGAUCUGAGAGGUCCCACAGCAGACGGGAGAGUGACAGGUGGAGGAGCAGGAGCAGGAGCAGAGAGAGGAGGGCCUCCCACCAGCACAGAGAGGACAAACGCUCAUCUAGACUCAGUGACAGGAGGAAAGAUUGGUAUCGGAGCAGAAGUAGAGACAGGUCGAGGAGUAGAAGUAGAGACCGAGAGCAGGACAGGCCGAGAAACAGGAGCAGAGAUAGAGACCGGGAGCACAAGUAUAGGAAUAGAAGUGAGGAGAGAGACAGUAGAGAAAAAGAUACAGACACUCAUGGAAAAGCCAGAGAAAGGUCGAGAAGCACAAGCAGAGAAAGAAAGAAACAAAGUAGAGAAAAGAGCCCUAAGAAAUCAGAUAAAAAUGAGAAACCUCCUAAUGAGGACACAAGCACUCGCCGUCGCCACAAACAAUCCAAGAAGAGCAAGAAAAAGAGCAAAAAGAAGCGUAAAAAGAAAAGCCACUUGCCUGAAGAGAAGACCUCAUCUGAAGAGUCCGAAAAGGAGAAAGAGUCAACGGAAGAAACGGUGGAGAAUCUCACUGCAAUGAGUCCCAGUCAAGAGAUAAAGGAAACAGAGCUAAUUCAGAAGAACAAUGAUUUGGAUGAGAGUCCAUGUGCUGACAGUGACAAGUUUAGUCCUGAGGAGAAAAGUGAACAUUCUAACACAGAAAUGCCUGAGUGAGCCUGCUGGAAAAGGUUACAGGAGAACCUCUUAUGGCUAGUUCACACUACACGCCUAGAAACGGACUAGAUUGUAAAGAUAUGUGGAAACAGGCUAUUUUGUGAAUAUGUCUGCCAACAUCAACAAGCAAGACUAUGAGGAAAGUAAUGCACAUUGCUUUAACAAAAAAUCCUGUCUCAUGCAUGGCAUUCUGAGGCACGUUUUCGUGGCAGACAGUUUAGUGAUCAAACAUACUCGUCAAGGAUUCCUCCUGGUGAAAGAUGUAGUGUGUAGUGCUCUGUCGCCAAUCCGCCAUAUAGCUUAAAAACUACAACUUCAAGGUCACAAGACAGCAGGUUGUGUGGUUUGAACAGAACAGCAAUCUGACAAUUUAGAGAGUUGUGUAGUGUGAACGAGGUGUGAAUGGCUCCUAGUACAUUUCAUAAUCUUUGCUCUGCCUUUUCUUCUUACCUAUGUGAAAAUACAGGAAGGAAUAAAUGACUUUGGGUAGGGAUUCAGUGAGUUAGCAACUUUCAUGUGGACAUAUGUGAAUAUUCUGCUUUUGGAAAAUGGUUAAUGUUGCUUUAGUUACUGAGCACUUGAUCACUCGAGCUGCAGCAGUACGUGUUGUCGCUGAGUAAAAACAACAUAAAACAAAAGGUGUUUUUUUAAUACAUUUAUUGUUAAUAACUUUCAAAUAUAAGAAAAAAUGUUGGCAAA